CUCGUGUAAGUAUUGGCGUCCAGAGAGCAAACGCAUUGAAUACGUGCGGUUUAAUAUUUAUACAUGGGCUGUGAUGUAAGAUUUCAUUGCCACACAUUUCAUCACAUGCUGUGAUGACUGUCAGUAGCGGUUUAAUUCGUUACGAUUAGUUUACAUUUAAAUUCCACUGGUGUUCAAAAUGAGGUUGUUAAGUGUUUUAUUUCUAAGUGUUGCCAUUUUUGGCAUUUGUGAUGGAUCCAAAAUUUUGGGAAUAUUCCCAAUGCCCAGCAAAAGUCAUUAUAUACUUGGCGAGGCGUUAUUACGAGGUUUGGCGGCAAAAGGACAUCAGGUGACUAUGAUCAGUCCAUAUACAUUGGACAAGCCUAUGAAGAACUACAAAGAUGUUGUUAUCGAUGGAAUGGUGGAAUUGAAGGACGCGAAUGCUCACAGGUUUACAAGUUUAAACACAACGAUCUUGGAGAAAGCAAACUUGAUGUUUGAGUUGUUCCCAGCUAUUUACCACACUGCUCACAACAGCACCAAUGUUCGUGAGUUUGUCAAAAAAGGUGAAAAAUACGACCUGUGUGUUGUGUCGUUCAUGAUGAUGGAAUCUAUGUUUGGACUUUGCAACGCCGUCCAAGCUACUCCAGUAGGAUUCAGUAUUGUAGGAAUGACAUCGUUCCUCAGCUAUCAUACCAACAACCCCGUGCCAUUUUCAUACGUGCCUCCGUUUUUGAGUAUAACGGAUCAAAUGACUUUCAUGGAGAGAGUCAAAAAUGUCCUCACGUCUUACUUUUUUGAAGGCCUGACGCAUUUUGUGUUAAUGCCGUACCAUCAAAGGUUACUUAGUACAUAUUACCCCGAGGCACCUAAAAUUGAAGAACUAAUGGACAAUGUGGAUCUGUACCUGAUGAAUUCUCACACCUCGACUGAUUCGCCAAAACCUGUAUUACCAAAUAUUAUACCAAUUGGAGGUUACCAUUUGCAAAUAAUGGAUGAAAUUCCUAAAAAUAUAAAGAAAGUAUUAGACGAGUCCAAAAGAGGUGUAAUUUACUUCAACAUGGGUAGUAAUGCCAAAAGUGCUGAUUUGGACCCUGAAAUUAGAAACGCAAUACUAAACACAUUCUCUAAAGUUGACUAUGAUGUGGUUUGGAAAUUUGAGGCUGAUCUACCAAACAAACCCAAAAACGUUCACAUUGCCAAAUGGUUACCCCAGCGCCCCAUUUUGAUGCACCCUAAUGUCAAAAUGUUUAUGACUCAUGGUGGGCUUGGUGGUACAGUGGAAGCAAUUUAUGGUGGUGUACCAAUGAUCUGUAUGCCUAUGUUUGGAGACCAGGGUAAAAACUGCGCGGAAAGCGCGAAGAACCAAUAUGCAAUUGUUGUAGAACUGUUAGGAUUAACAGAAGACAAACUUAAAAAUGCCAUCAAGGAAAUUGCCAACAAUCCAGUGUACAAAGAGCAAAUUAAGUUAAAAUCUGAUCUUUAUCGGAACCAAGAAAUCAAUCCUAUGGACAAAGCUGUGUAUUGGGUAGAACAUGUUAUCCGACAUAAAGGUGCCAAGCAUUUGAAAUCUAAUGCAACUAAUAUUCCCUGGUAUCAGUACUAUUUGUUAGAUGUUUCUAGUUUUCUUGCUGGUAUUGCACUUCUUAUUCUUGCUAUUGUGUAUUUUAUCAUUAAACUUAAUUUGAGAGUAUUAUGUUGGAUUAUAAGGAAGAUUACAGGAAAAGGAAAAUGUGCUAAAAUUGAUAAAAAACAAAAAAUUAAAAAACAAUAAACAAUGUAAAUGAUUCUAUAAAUGUAAAAUGGGGAUUUAUAAAUAAAUAAAUGUAAAUUAUGAA